AUGGCUGGUUUGCAGUUUCACGGCGGCAUCGAUGCGAACAUUAACUACGCCGAAAGAGACCAGGAUGUGCCUCGUGUGCCUCAGCUGUUUGGACUACAGUUGAAGUUGCAAUUGCUGACGGGUCUGUUACCCACGCCGGAACUGUCACACUGCCUACCCCAAUGGGUGCAGGUGGGACUGAUUGGCAUUACUCGUCUGUAUUGCCUGCUGGUCAUACUCAUCUCGCUUCACCUGGGUCUGCUAUUUAGCAAGACAACAUUGGACGCGCUGCCCACGGGCGAUCUCGAGGAUAUAACCGAUGCACUCACAAUGACAGUCAUUUAUUUCUUUACGGCCUACGCCAGCAUUUAUUGGUGUGUCCGCUCCAGGCGACUGCAGCUCUACCUGAACUAUAUCAAUCAGGAGUAUCGACACAGCUUCGUCAAUUGCUACACCACCUACCGCUGGGCGCGAAGCUUUUCGGCUCUUUGGAUGGGCGCUUGUUUGGCAGGCGUCAUCUUUUGGGGGAUUACACCUCUGGUAUUGGGUCAUCAUGCGCUGCCAUUGCAUUGUUGGUAUCCUUUCGAUGCGUUAGCCGAUCACAUUUAUCCUUUGGUAUACGCGAUACAGCUCUAUGGCCAGAUCAUUGUAGGUGCCGCCUUUGGCUAUGGCGGCUUGAUGUUUGUUACCUUUAGUCUACUGCUGCUCGCCCAGUUCGAUGUGCUCUACUGCAGUCUCAAGAAUCUGGAUGCACACGCUAGGUUGCUAUCCGGUGAAACCUUGCAGCAAUUGCAUGCUCUACAGUGUCAUCUGCUACUCGAUGAUGCCACCUGCGAGCUCGGUCAAUACGCAAUGCUGAGAGAGCACGCCACGGAUUUGCAGAAAAUGACAAGGCAACGCAUGCAGCCAGCUCCCAGCUUGAAGAGAGCAGCUCACGACGGUCUCGUAGAAUGUGUGCGUCUGCAUCGAUUUAUCCUAAACUGCGCUGCUGAGUUGGAGCAAAUAUUCAGUCCAUAUUGUUUGUGUAAGUCGCUACAGAUCACCGUUCAGUUGUGUCUGCUCGUCUUUGUGGGCGUAUCUGGUUCCCGCGAAGUGGUUCGCGCGAUCAACCAGCUGCAGUAUUUGGGUCUGACACUUUUCGAGCUCCUUAUGUUUACGUACUGCGGCGAACUGUUGCGACGACACAGCGUCCGUGUUGGGGAUGCUUUUUGGCGUGGCGCUUGGUGGCAACAUGCUCCGCAAAUGGGCAAGGAUAUGAUUAUUUUCCUGGCAAACAGUCGACGUGCCGUUCAGGUUACCGCUGGCAAAUUCUACGUUAUGGAUGUGAAUCGGUUGCGAUCGGUUAUUACACAGGCCUUUAGCUUUCUGACGUUGUUGCAAAAAUUGGCCGCCAAGAAGGCAGUCGCGGAGUCCUAG